UUCUCGAAUAAUAUUGAAUGCCAUUUGAAUCAAACAUCCUCAAAUUCUAUCCCCUGACUUCAUAUAUGUUUUUGCAUUGUAGGACAUUGUGAUAGGUGGGACUGACACUACAAUCACGAUGGUCGAGUGGGUAAUAACCGAGCUUCUGAAUAAUCCAGGGAUAAUGGCAAAGGUGCAACAAGAAUUGAAACAUGUGGUAGGCAUGAAUAACACUGUUGAAGAAUCCCAUUUGCUAAAACUACACUAUCUUGAUGCAGUUUUAAAGGAAACGCUACGUCUACACCCUGCAUUACCACUACUUCUCCCUAAGCGCCCAAGCCAAUCUGCAACAGUAGGCGGAUACACAAUACUUGAGGGAACUAAAGUAUUCUUGAAUGUUUAUGCAAUUCAUAUGGAUCCUCAAGUGUGGGAAAAUCCAACUAAAUUCCAGCCUGAGAGGUUCUUGAGUCGAUCUACAAAUUUAAACUAUACAGGCAAUAAUUUCAAGUACCUUCCAUUUGGAUCAGGGCGGAGAAUUUGUGCUGGGCUUCCUUUGGCAGAGAAAAUGCUUAUGUUUGUACUGGCUUCAUUGUUGCAUUCUUUUGAUUGGAAACUCCCCGGGGGGGAAAAGCUUGAUCUUUCAGAAGGACAUGGCAUUGUCAUUAAGAAAAACAAGCGGCUACUCGCCAUCCCUACGCCCAGGUUACCAAAUUUAGAACUGUAUCAGUAAAAACAGUAAAUUAUCAGGAAGAUGUAAUAUAUGUUGGGCACAUGCCCAUGUUG